AUGAAGCCCUACCCAGACGCCAGGGAGGAGCGCACAGUCAUGUGUGAGGCUCCUUCCGUGGGAGCGGCCCCAAAAGAAAUGCCACAUCAACCUUCCGCGCUCCGCGUCAACUACUUGGAUCUGCGCCCGCCCUCCUACAUCGGCUUCUUUCCUGCAAUGUGUGUCAGAUUGCGUGCCAGAUGGCUCCCGCUUCCUGGGCUCUGGCCGUGCAAGGCAAGUGUGGACGUCGUGGCUCUCAGGAAAAUUUGUGGCUGGCGUGUAGGGAACAGUUGUUGCUCAAAGGGCUUGGCUGCUCGGACGAAGAAGAGCUUUGCUUGCGGGACGUUCUGUUUUGCAGUGUGCAAGGCAAAGCAACCACGUCAGCCGCAUGAAGCCCUAGACGCCAGAGAGGAGCGCACAGUCAUGUGUGAGGCUCCUUCCGUGGGAGCGGCCCCAAAAGAAAUGCCACAUCAACCUUCCGCGCUCCGCGUCAACUACUUGGAUCUGCGCCCGCCCUCCUACAUCGGCUUCUUUCCUGCAAUGUGUGUCAGAUUGCGUGCCAGAUGGCUCCCGCUUCCUGGGCUCUGGCCGUGCAAGGCAAGUGUGGACGUCGUGGCUCUCAGGAAAAUUUGUGGCUGGCGUGUAGGGAACAGUUGUUGCUCAAAGGGCUUGGCUGCUCGGACGAAGAAGAGCUUUGCUUGCGGGACGUUCCGUUUUGCAGUGUGCAAGGCAAAGCAACCACGUCAGCCGCAUGAAGCCCUACCCAGACGCCAGAGAGGAGCGCACAGUCAUGUGUGA